GCGGACCAACUUUAUUUUAGAAAAUGAUGGGCAAGAUAGGGUGAACGUGACCAUCAGGCUGUGAACAACAUAAUGGAAGGUCGUAUAGAACGCAGUUAUGGAAGAUGAAGGGAAUGGCCUGGAAGCGCCACAGGAAACGGACGCGCAAAAACAAGAGAAGGUUUACAGGAAACCUAGAGAAGAGGCUCCGAUAGACAAAGCAACCUCGGCCAAAAAUAAAUUUCGGUAUCAGAUUCCCAUCCUGACUAUGCCCGAGAUCAAUGACACCCUUAGCAAGCUGCUAGCGACCAUGGUGUUGGCCUCAUUUCAAACCAUGCUACAAGCAAGUCCUAGGCUCUUGAAAGACCUUAGGCAGCUACUGACGAGACGAAGAGUAGAGAUAGAAGAAGGGUCGGAACAACAGGAAGAAGGGAAGGAAGAGGAGGCACCGCGAGAAGUCGCUAACCUCCGAAGGAUUCCCGGGGACCUGAAAAACCUAGAGAAGGCCUUCGCAAACAUCCGGCUAAGCCUGCCAGACCGCGAAGGUAGCGAGGUUAUGAGGGCGCCACCAGGGGCAAAACUUCGUUUUCAUGCACUGCCAGUGGGCAAGUUGAAAGUCCAGAUUGGAAGCCACCCCACCGAUGCGCUGGUGGACGGAGGGGCUGAAAUCAUGCUCAUUAGGCGAGACUUUGCGAAGAUUACGAGAUGCCCAGUAAACAAGGAGACAACUGGAAGCAUCCGUGGAACAGACCUCUAUUCCGGAUACAAUCAGCUCCCGCUGGACGCCCGGGAUAGACCCUACACGGCUAUGCAUACCCCGGUAGGUCAGCUGCAAAUGCAAGUGACUCCUAUGGGCUUUACCAAUGCUGUGGCGGAAGCACAAAGGAGAAUGCUCGCAGUUGCGGGAGACAUGUUCCCUGCAAAAUGUGAACCUUACAUUGACGACAAUCGCAUCAAGGGCACACGGGACAAGGAUGAAACGAAAAUUCAGCCUGGAAUGCGGAGAUCUGUGUGGGAUCACUUGCAGGAUAUCAAAGAGCUUCUCCGCAGGUUCCUGGUAUACAACAUCACUGUCCGCGGCCCUGAGAGUAUCCUGGUAGUUCCAGAAGUGACCAUCCUGGGGUUUCGUUGCGGGUCAUAUGGGAGGAAGCCCGACCUUGCCAAGACUGACAAAAUCUCUCAAUGGCCAACACCCCUACGAACCACAACGGAAGUGAGGGCCUUCCUAGGGGUUGUAGGGUCUUGGAGAAUUUUCAUCAAAGGCUUCACUAAGAUAGCAGAGCCCAUUCGGAUCAUGAUUCGCGAAGAGGGUACAUUGGACUGGACAAAGGAACGAGAGGCCACCGUCCAGACCCUCAAAGACAUAUUGACGUCUGAGCAGGUCACCCUUGUCGCUCCAUGCUUUAACGAUGAGGUAGGGCGUCCGUUUGUACUUGAAAGCAAUGGGGGGUCACUGGGCGUAGGAGGAGUCCUGAUCCAAAGAGGGGAGGAUGAGAGAGAACGACCAAUCAGAUUCGAGAGUAGGACGCUGAACUCGGCUGAGCGCCGCUAUUCUCAAUUCAACCGUUCUCCAUUACCUCAAGACCUUCCAAGCUUACCUCUUUGGAAGGAGGUUCAUCUUGAGGAUCGACCCGAAAAACGUCGCAGGGGCAUUUAAGAACUACAAGCCUAUAGACUCUACCGUGGGAAGAUGGGUUGGGUUCAUUUGCCAGUUUGAUUACAAGAUCGAGCACAUAGCCGGUCUUAGGAAUAGGGCAGAUGGCCUGAGUAGGGUUUGCAUUACACCAGAGCGAGUAGAGGAACCAAUCGAUGCGUUCCUCGGCUAUGAGGGAGGGACCCUUGUGGUAGACAAUGAGAUGGUACAGCCUACCUGCACAUCCGGGGAAUUAUUGACUAAGGCAUUAGAGAAAGGGUCUCUCGUCGUGGUGGCAGAACUCACGAAGGGAGCAGUCACAAGGACCGGCCGCAAGGAAAAGGACUCAUGGGGUGACAUUGUGGGACCUCAGGAAGAACUGAUGGCAAUGACUGUAGAAGGGGGACGGGAAACAAUUAUGAGUUUGGUUGAGUCAUGGGAACAAAAGCGGCAACAAUAU